CGACAUUAUCUUCUCCCCCUCAUAACUAUUUCACCACUUGCACCGUUUCAAAUUAGAGAAUUUUCCCUCAAAUAUUAUAAGUCUCUCUGAAUAUUCCUCUCAACGACGAAGAAGACUUGAUUAUGCCUAGAAAAGCGAUGAGAAGCCUCUGCUGCGUGGCCAAAACGCCGUCGAAUCUUCAACCUCCUCUGACGUUAACUCCACGUCAGAGUCUUGAAUCGGCGGCUGCGUACGGAAUCAUCGAGUCAGCUGCCGACAUAAUCGAGAGAUGGAACACGGAGACCUCCACUUUCGCCAAGGUCACCUCCCUGUUCUACGAGGACAAGGCAGAAGCCAUGUUGUUCAUCAAUAAAGUAAACGAUCUACAGAAGACGAUGGAUCUGCUGGUUAACGAAGAUCCGAACUCCGAGAGGCUCAUAAGAGCUCAUAGACUCAUGGAGAUCGCGAUGAAGAGGCUUCAGAAGGAGUUCUACCAGAUCUUGUCUAUGAACCGUGCUUAUCUUGAUCCUGAAUCAGUCUCUGCUCGCUCUUCACUCACCUCAGCAAGAUCUAGCUACUCCGAUUUCCCCGAAGACGACGAUUCAAACACCGUCGGUGAUUCCAUCAUCGAAGUCGAAGAGGCUGCUAGCAACGUCAUGACCGAGUUAAGAUCCAUCGCUGAGUGCAUGAUCGCUUCCGGCUACGCGAAGGAGUGCAUCACCAUAUACAAAACCAUCAGGAAGUCCAUCAUCGACGAAGGGGUGUACCGUCUGGAAGUGGAGAAGAUUAGUCCCGCGAAGGCGAAGAAGAUGUCGUGGGAGGAGGUGGAGAUAAAGAUCAGAAGCUGGCUAGAGGCGGUGAAAGUCUCUAUGGAGACUCUCUUCAAAGGGGAGAAGAUACUCUGCGACCACGUCUUCGAAUCCUCUGACUCGAUCAGAGAGUCUUGCUUCAGCGCGAUCUCGCGGGAAGGAGCAGUUCUUCUGUUCGGUUUCCCGGAGAUCGUCUCCGGGAAAUUCAGCAAGAAGAAGAGCACUCCACUGGAGAAAACUUUCCGGCUGCUCGACAUGUACAGCUCCAUCGCUGGAAACUGGCGAGCUAUUGAAUCUAUAUUCUCCUUUGAGUCUACCUCGGUGGUGCGCUCUCAAGCGCUCAAGUCUCUCGUCUCACUCAGCGAAUCGAUUCGAUCGCAGCUUAAGGAGUUCGACUCAAGAAUCCAUAGAGACUCUUCCAAGACGGCGGUUUCCGGCGGAGGAGUGCAUCCACUCACGAUCUCCGCCGUGAACCACAUCUCUCUCCUGGCGGACUACAGCAACGUCCUGGUCGACAUCCUCGCCGGAUCUCCUCCCCCGGAUAGGACGCUCCUUCCGGAGUCUUACUUCAGCGUUUCAGACUCCGACGACUCCCCGUCGUCGGAGCUGGCCAUACGAUUCGCGUGGCUCAUCCUCGUCCUCCUCUGCAAAAUCGACCGGAAAGCAAACCACUACAGAGACUGCUCCGUGCAGUAUCUCUUCCUCACCAACAACCUCCAGCACGUGGUCUCACGUGUUCGUUGCUCUUCGAACCUAAGGCAUCUGCUCGGCGAGGACUGGGUCAGGAAACACGUUGGUAAGAUUAAGCAGUUCUCCGACAGCUAUAAGAGGCUCGCGUGGGGUCCAGUGCUGGCGACCCUACCCGAGAAUCGUGCCGCCGAGAUGUCGGUGGAGGAAGUUAAGGAGAGGUUUGAAAAAUUCAGCGAGAGCUUCGAGAGGGCGUACGGUAAGCAGAGUGCGUGCGUCGUACCGGAUCUAGAGCUUCGAGAGGAGAUAAAACUGUCGAUUGCGAGAAAGCUUGUGCCUAUUUACCGGGAGUUUUACAACACGAGGAGGUCUGUUGUCGUGGCGGGAGCUGGUGAUGGUGUGAGAGACUUUAGCUCGGUUGUCCGAUUUACCCCUGAAGAUGUUGAGAACCAUUUGUCUGAUUUGUUCUCGGGAGAGGGUGCGUCGGGGAGUUCUUCAUAUGUGUCUUCUCCUUUGUCUUGUCUGUCACGGCAAUCCACACCCUAAAGUAAAAACAAAAACAAAAACAAACACUGUAUACUAGUAGGUACUGUUGUCUGAAACAGCAGGACAAGAUCUUGUUGUAAUGUCCUUUUUUGUUUGUUUGUCUGCAAUGCCCAUUGAUGUAAGGAUUGAGAUAAUGUAUGAUAAAAUGUUCCAAACCGGCUGGAAACAAUAAACCAA